GCUCAGCGCGAUUGGCUUACUUGAGAAUUAGUAGAAAUCAAAUCGGCGACGUUGCAGCCGGCAAUUCUUCAUUCCACGUUCAUCGUGUAUUUUUUCGUUAUAGAAAUGAAGAAAUUAAUCGCCACGUUGCUGGUUUUGAGCGUCCUGACAGAAUCUUCACUUGGGAAAGUCGACUAUUCCGAUACAGCCUGCAACUGUAAUCACUGCGAGAAGCAGAACUCGGAUGAAAAUCGAAAGAAAGAUCCACUCGCGGAUCUCCCGUUUAACGUCGAGGAUUCGGACGGCGAUGGAAGUCGGAUAAUUUGCGCGAGGGACAGAGACUUUAAGGAUAAAACGUUCCCCAGCAUCUGUCACAUGCUCUGCGAAAAUCGUUGCACCCAAUUCAGGGUGACCGAGGAAAUCAAGGAUUCGUUGAAACGUUACAUCACGAGAGCCUACAGAACGAACUACUACAAACUCCACGACGGACAGUGCUUGUAAGGACUAGGAUUCUAGUGACCAGAUACGCAUUUUUGCCGAAAUUGUUAGCAAGGAUUAUUUCCAAUCCGGAAAUUGAUCGAGGAAUAAAUCGUCUUUAAUUAUGAC